AUACAUCUGGUAACUCUUUACACAAAAAUUUGUCAACUUGGUGCAUUUCUGAUGUUUUCUGCACCUCGUAGAUAAUUGUUUUAAUUUCCAUAUUCUAACGAGGAUAAUAGGUUGGAUUGACUUUCCUAGGGGUCAAUAAAACGUCCUGCUUGUUAGGACUGAGGAAGAGUGUAGUUUAAAGUGCUGUAAAAUUAAAAAAUCCUACAUUUUAAACUCUACGCCCAUCUAGGUCCCAGGGAGAAGUGUGGACGGCAUACAAGGGCGCUGAUAUCUAUUUACGCCUAUCUCUCUGGUUUACACAAUCGUCAAAAUUGAUUCCGUAGCAAUUGUAACGUCGAGCAACUGCAACGCCAAAGAUAGCGUUUGCAAAGGCUCCAGUGGCGUUAGUCUAGUCCCAAGUGGUAGUGGUGCUGUUGGCAAAGUGCAUUUGAUUCCUGGACCUGGACUAGUGGCUACAAGUAAAAUGUCUGGCGAUCAGAAAACUCUUCUCAAAGGACACUCAUCACAGUAUGUGAAAUUGAAUGUAGGUGGGAGAUUGUAUUACACUACAAUCGGCACGCUGACGAAACACGAUACUAUGCUAAGUGCUAUGUUCAGCGGCCGCAUGGAAGUGCUCACUGAUUCAGAGGGCUGGAUUCUAAUCGAUCGCUGCGGCAAUCAUUUCGGAACAAUACUGAACUACUUGCGUGAUGGAACCGUUCCACUGCCAGAAUCUCACAAGGAAAUAGCAGAAUUGCUUGCAGAAGCUAAAUAUUAUUGUAUCACCGAAUUGGCCAUGUCAUGCGAGCGAGCCCUGUUGGCACAUCAAGAACCAAAACCCAUAUGCCGCAUACCGUUGAUUACAUCUCAAAAAGAAGAACAGCUACUAAUAAGUUCGUCGUCGAAACCUGCUGUAAUAUUGGUGGUUCAACGACAAAACAACAAGUAUUCAUACACUAGCACAUCAGAUGAUAAUUUGCUUAAGAAUAUCGAGCUUUUUGACAAAUUAUCUUUACGUUUCAAUGAACGAAUACUUUUCAUCAAGGAUGUUAUUGGACCUAGUGAAAUAUGUUGCUGGUCAUUUUACGGUCAUGGCAAAAAAGUGGCUGAAGUGUGCUGCACCUCUAUCGUGUACGCUACAGAUCGCAAACACACAAAAGUGGAAUUUCCAGAGGCGCGCAUAUAUGAGGAGACACUGCAAGUACUUUUGUAUGAAAAUCGCAAUGCUCCUGAUCAGGAGCUAUUACAAGCUACAUCGUCGGUGCGUGGUGCCGUUGCUGCACCCGGCAUGCAGCAGUACACCAGCGAUGAGGAAGAGGAACGCACCAGCUUGGCGCGCUUACGUUCGAACAAACGUAACAAUCCUACAUGAUUUAUGAAGCAAUAUGUGGGAUGACAACGAGCAGCGCUUCCCUAGCUUUGGAGAGAUGUUAGCGGCGGUAGUGUAUGAAUCGCCAAAGAAAAAUAUUGUUGUAAGGAUAUUUUUAUAUAUCCUAGCGCUAUUACAAGGGUAAAGGAAAUGUUCUCGAUAAGAAAAAAAUCUGGUGAUCAAAAACAAAAAAAAAAAAAAAAAGAAAUGCACAUUCAAUGUGAGUGCAUUACAUACAUAGAUACAUAUUCUUGAAGUGACCAAACACUAUAUGCUUAUCUUGUUUGGCUUAUAGUAUGUAUACGUAAAUAUAUUUUUUUAUAACUCACUUUUCAAUCAGUUUUCUCAUCAUAUAAAAACACUUUUAAAUAUUGUAUGUUGGAUAUGCUGCAUAACAAUUGUGCAGCUAUAGUA